CAAGAGAAAGAAUGAAAGGAUCCAAUGAUUUUGUGACCAAGUGAACGAAUCAAUCUACCAUGAAAAUCUCAGUGGAAAAUGAACUUCGUCAGACUCGGCAACCCUUGGAGGCAUAAAGUUUAACAACGAAGUUUCUAAAUGACAUUAGUUAAUCGCAUCUCAAAAAUGGAGGACAGUAAUACCCGAGUAUCUGUUUCCGGUGACACAUCGAAACAGUUAAAGUUCGGUAUGGACAGGAUAUUGUCGAAAGAAAUAUCAGCCAAGAAAGAAGAGGAACCCGUGUCAAGGCCUAUACCCAUCCUGUUCAACUCCUCAGUGUCGUCUUGCCCUUGUCCGGGAGGCUGCGCCAGCUGUGAAGUGGCCAGGAAUUGUGCCUCGAUCGGUUUUCCUCAUUCGAAUUUGCCGCUCCUCUCACACCAUAGCUACAACCUUUUCGAGGGCUACAACAACCCCUACAGAGCACCCCUAGUGCGACCGAUAGCCAGAGUGCCCGUGGCUCCAGCGGCAGUCAUAUCGAGUAAUCCAGAGAGCAGCUCUCGUCGUAAGAGAUCAUGGUCGAGGGCAGUCUUCAGCUCGUUACAGCGUAAAGGACUUGAGCGAAGAUUUUCACUCCAGAAGUACAUCACAAAGCCGGAUAGAAGACAAUUAGCUGCUACUUUGGGCUUGACAGAUGCCCAGGUAAAAGUUUGGUUCCAAAAUCGCCGUAUGAAAUGGCGUCACACGAAAGAAGGAGAAUUAACGACUCCCGUUGGACCAGAUUCGACCCAACAAGAACCGCAGCGAAAUCUCGGCAGCGAUUCUUCGAUGUUAAAAAAUUUCUCAGAUUUUAAACGGAGUAAGUCGGAAGUAGAUGAAGAGGAGGUGGAAAUUGAAGUUGACGUUUAGGAACACUGUGUACCGACGAUUUUCAUUUUAAGAAGAGAGUUUAGAGUAGUACGAAAAUGCACGACUGCUGAUUACACGAAUUAUUCUAUUCUUUGUUUAAUUCGAUCUUAUUUUUCCUCUAUUUGUUAAUUCAUAGUAUACAACGUUGAGAAGCGUGUAAUAUAUGUAAAUAAAUCUCUUUG